AUGUACGUCACGAAUCGGGGCGGGGCCUGCCGUCUACGAACCCUUUAAAUAGGAGCGGAUCCCAGGGAGCCGCGAGAGAUUCCAGCGGGCAGGACUGGGGGAGCCGUGCGGGGGCAGCGAUAGCACAAACCGGCGACAACCCCAGCAGCAGCCACCGCGGCUCCGAGCACAUCUAACAGCACAACAAGCACCUGUUUACCAUUAAUAUCACAGUCACACACAGUGUCCCCAUCACCCUCAGCCCCACAGUGCAGGGACAGGGUGCAUGCCACACAGCUGGCCACACACCAUUCUCCUGGCAGCCGCAAGGACCACAUGGCAUCAGCCAAAACAGAAAUGCUCAUCUCACCUCUGCAAAUCUCUGACCCCUUCGGCUCUUUCCCACAUUCCCCCACCAUGGAUAACUACCCCAAACUGGAAGAAAUAAUGCUCCUCAACCCAGGGGGAUCUCAGUUCCUGGGAGCUACAGUCCCCGAGGGCAACGGAUUCAACUCCCCAGGGGAUGGAGCUGACCAUUUCGACCAGCUAGCUGCAGAUGCCUUCUCUGAAAUGUCACUGAGCAACGACAAGACAGGGAUUGAAACCAGCUAUGCCAACCAGAACAACAGGUUGCCAUCCCUGACAUACACUGGUCGCUUCACCCUGGAGCCUGCACCUAACAGCAGUAAUACCCUGUGGCCUGAACCUCUAUUCAGCCUGGUCAGUGGACUGGUAGGGAUGGCCAACACACCCACCUCUUCAGCUGCUUCUUCUUCACCAUCUUCUUCCUCGUCUUCAUCCCAGAGCCCUCCUCUGAGCUGUUCAGUGCAGUCAAAUGAAAGCAGCCCUAUCUACUCGGCAGCACCGACAUUUUCCAAUUCUAGCUCUGACCUAUUCUCAGACCAGUCAUCUCAGAAUUUUCAAAACAAUUCUGGUACUUCACUUCAGUACCCACCUCCAGCCUACCCUGUCACAAAGACCAGCUUUCAGGUGCCAAUGAUCCCAGACUAUCUGUUUCCACAGCAACAGGGAGAUGUCAAUCUGGUGUCUCCAGAUCAAAAACCUUUCCAGGCUAUGGAAACCAGAACCCACCCACCUUCCCUUACCCCACUGUCCACCAUUAAGGCCUUUGCUACACAGACUGUUUCACAAGACCUCAAGACUAUCAACAGUUCAUAUCAAUCUCAGCUUGUCAAGCCAAGCAGGAUGCGGAAAUACCCCAACAGGCCUAGCAAGACCCCUCCUCAUGAGAGACCCUAUGCAUGUCCAGUUGAGUCCUGUGACAGGCGGUUUUCCAGAUCUGAUGAACUCACAAGGCACAUCAGGAUCCACACUGGGCAGAAACCCUUCCAGUGCCGUAUAUGCAUGCGGAAUUUUAGCAGGAGCGAUCACUUGACCACUCAUAUCCGCACACACACUGGGGAGAAGCCAUUUGCUUGUGACAUUUGUGGUAGGAAGUUUGCAAGAAGUGACGAGAGAAAGAGGCACACAAAAAUUCACCUGAGACAAAAGGACAAAAAAUCUGACAAAGCAACUCCAGUCUCUGUUGCUUCCCCCAUUUCCUCCUAUUCACCAAACGCAUCAACUUCCUACCCCUCACCUGUGCCAACCUCAUAUUCAUCUCCAGUGUCCUCUUCCUACCCAUCACCUGUUCACAGUUCCUUCCCAUCUCCUUCCACAGCAGUUACAUAUCCAUCUGUUACCUCCACCUUCAAUAGCCAAUGCAUUACCAGUUUCCCCUCUUCAAUAGUCACCAAUUCCUUCAGCUCACCUGUGACCUCUGCCCUGUCUGACAUGUCCGUAACCUAUUCUCCACGGACAAUUGAGAUCUGCUAAGAUUCUGAUAUGACAGGUGCACAAAAUUGCAUAGGCACAACGUGAAGACUUCCAAAGUAUGGUCUCAUAGAUGGGGAGAUUGAUGACCAACAGACUUACAUUAUACAGCAAGGCCAUUAUAAACUGAUAAGCUUCAAAUGCCUAAGAAACUGCCAUUUUAAGUUCCCAUUGUUUUCAAAAGACUUGAUUUGCAUGUAUGACUGAAAUAAUUUCAACACGAUCCAUUUAAAGAUCAACUUUUAUUUGCAUAAAGGGAUUUUUACUAUAUACAUAAUGUAUAUUGUACAUGUGCAAGGUAUUUUGUUUUGUUUUUUGUUAGAAAUUUUUUUUAAACUUUUUUUUGUACUCUUGAUGUGAAUUUAUUUUCCCCCCUUGCAUAUUCAUAUGGUAUUAUUUGAAAUUAAUAGGGACGCCGUCUGUACAUGGUUUCUAGUGAUAAUGCUAGCAUACAUUUAAAAACAAAAAACUUAUUUUAAGGAAAAGCACUUCUGUAUUCAAGCAUGUGUAAGGGUAAUUUCAUAAUUAUUUUAAUUUUGUUUCUUUUUGUAAAUAUCAUCAGAUGGUACUUUUCACAUAUGUCAAAAAAAAAAAGAAAAGUUUUGUUUUCUGGGUUCCGUAACUUGGUGCCUUUUUGUGAAGCCUUGCUGAUGUUUUGAAAUGUGCAUUUGCGUAAAUCGAUGCAUUGCAUCUAGCCUUAAGGUGAAAGGGAAUUCUUCAAGGAAUGUAUAAAAGACCUCAAAAGGUACAGAGGGAGCGACAGAGAGAGAGAGCAUUUCUGUUUUGAAUGUAAGCAAAAACACAAAAGUAUAUUUUUGUAAUUGAAAUGUAAAUUUAUAAAUAUAUAUUCAAGAGUUGGAAUGUUGUAGUUACCUACUGAGUAGGCAUGGAUUUUGUAUGUUCUGAACAUGCGGUUCAUUAUUUUGUGGUCCUCAUUUUUACUUUGUAUUUGUGUUUUGUUUAAACAAAGUGACUGUUUGGCUUAAAACACAUUGGAUGCGCUUUACUGCCAAUAGGAUAUUUGGUGUACAACAUAUCCUGCGAAAAAAUAAAAUCUCUAAAAUAUUUUA